GCUAUGGGGCAAGGAGGUGUCCUUAGGGCAGGACAUGGCUGGAGCAGGACCCAGAGCCAGCAGCCCCAGCGCUGGGGCUGACUCAGCAUCACGUGAAGCCGGGAGGGAGCCGCUGCUGCAUCCCCCCCCCUUCCCGGUCUCCUCCUUCCUCCACCCCUGGAGCAGGUCCCGAAACUUCCCAGCUGCCGCUUGCACUUCCUCAAUCCCGGAGCAUAAAAGAGCCGCGGCCGCAGCGCCCGCAUCCCGGUCCCGCCUGCACCGUCCCCGCACCAGCACCGUGCUGGGUGCUCAGCUCAUCCCCAGGAUGUGGUGGCCCACGCUGCUGGCCCUGCUGGUCCCUGCGGUGGCCCAGUUACAGCCGGAGCGGGAGCUGGAUGCCCAGUGGGACCUAUGGAAGAAAACCCACCGCAAGCAGUACAACGGCGAGGCGGACGAGGCGGCGCGGAGGCUGAUCUGGGAGAAGAACCUCAAGUACAUCAACAGGCACAACCUGGAGCACGCGUUGGGCGUUCACACCUUCGAGCUGGCCAUGAACCACUUGGGUGACUUGACCAGUGAGGAGGUGGUGAGGACAAUGACAGGGUUGAAGGUGCCCCAUAGCCGUCCCCAUCGCAACGAGACGCUCUACAUCCCCGACUGGACCGAGAGGGCCCCGGCGGCUGUGGACUGGAGGCGGAAAGGCUACGUGACCCCUGUCAAGAACCAGGGCCAGUGCGGGUCGUGCUGGGCGUUCAGCUCGGUGGGUGCCCUGGAGGGGCAGCUCAAGCGCAGGACGGGGAAGCUGCUGUCCCUCAGCCCGCAGAACCUGGUGGACUGCGUGGCCAACAACGACGGCUGCGGCGGCGGGUACAUGACCAACGCCUUCGAGUACGUGCGCCAGAACCGCGGCAUUGACUCCGAGGAUGCUUACCCCUACAUCGGCCAGGAUGAGAGCUGCAUGUACAGCCCCACGGGCAAGGCAGCCAAGUGCCGUGGCUACCGCGAGAUCCCCGAGGGCAACGAGAAGGCUUUGAAGAGGGCAGUGGCCAGGAUCGGCCCCGUCUCGGUGGGCAUCGACGCCAGCCUCCCCUCCUUCCAGUUCUACAGCCGCGGUGUGUACUAUGAUGAGAGCUGCAACGCACAGAACAUCAACCACGCGGUGCUGGCGGUGGGCUACGGCACGCAGAAGGGCACCAAGCACUGGAUCAUCAAGAACAGCUGGGGUGAGGAGUGGGGCAACAAGGGCUACGUGCUCCUGGCGCGCAACAUGAACAACGCCUGCGGCAUCGCCAACCUGGCCAGCUUCCCUAAGAUGUGAGCCCCAUCCCGCUUCCCAGCUCCCG